CGGUCGCGCUACUCGCGGUCGUACGCGGACAGCCGGGCGCGGGAGAGCUCGGACUCGGAGGACGAGUACAGGAGGACACAUUCCAGGUCCAGCGACUCCCGGCGAACGUCCUCCCAUUCCUCCUCCUCCUACAGAGACUCGAGAUCCUCUUACUCCAAGUCGGACAGGGACAGCAAAGCGGAGUCGUCCCACGCCGACGUGGACAGGCGAGGGAGGUCGUCUUCGAAAGCGGAUCGAGAUUCCAAAAGGACUUCUGAAAGUGAAGUGUCCAAAAGGUGCUCUCCCCUCGGUGAACUGGGCUAUCGGAAGGGGACAUCCCAUUCCAAGCCCGACAGUAAUGUGAAUUCCUCCCGCUAUAAAUCCACCCCUUCCAAGGCCUCCGCACCAAAGCCUGAUAAAUUUAAGAGUUCUUUCUGUUGUACAGAAUCGAUUGAAGAAAUCAAGUCCAAGUCUAAUUCUCUAGAUUUAGAGACCUCUUGUGUAAAGAACAAUGAGAUCAGGGUGUCCAGUGUGAAAAAGUUGGAAAGGGAAAAGACACUUUCUCCGUUAAAUCAAUUCAGCGAUUCUCCCGCUUUGCCGAAGGCUGACGACUCCAAGGCGGGUUUGGCAAACUCUAAAUCCGAGGAACUUGCAGCAAAUGAAGGCCACGACAGUGUUAAGGAGCAAGAAACGUUCUUAAAGGCAAAGCACGAUCCCUUGGGAGCGUGUUUCCCCACGGAAUCGAGCGUGAACGGCUCCCCAGAGGGUCAGGACGAGGGUCCGGCACCCUCCAGUGCCUGCAGAGCAGAGGAUGAGCCCGGCCCGGGUCCGUCGGAAGCAUCGCCUGCCGUCAAGACCAGCCCGUCAUAUCCGUUGCCAUCCAAUGGGUUUGAGAGCAUGGACGUGUCCCAGGAGCAAGGGCUGGAUGAUUCCCGGGUGCAGUCCAGCGAGUGCAACAGCCUGUUCCUGUUCCCGGAGGCUCCGGAGCCGCAGCAGCCGGAGGGAGCCGCCCCUCUCCCUGCCCUGAAUGUAGAUGCCACUAACACUGUCCUUCAGAAGCUGGAUGAGGAGGUGGCUCCGUGUGACAAAACCAAAGAACCUGUUUUUUGCUACAUUUCCGACGAUGCCACCCCUGGUUUGUACCACUCGGAAGUGGAAAUCGAAGCGGAACCCGCGGAUUUGAAGGUGACAUCCGAGGCUUUCCUGGACGUGCAGGUGGAGCCGCAGACGGUGACGUGCGAUUACGAGAGCGCGGAGGAUUCCCAUUCCAAGGCUGCUGGGGAGGAUGAGCACGGCCAUCCUUCCCAUAAAAUCAGCCUGGCAGCAGAAAGCUCGAGCAGGGAUUCCUCCCAGGAUGGCUGUUCCCAGAGGCUCCACUCGGAUCCUCCCAUGCCGGAGGAAAGCGUCUCUUCCAAAUGGGACGUGCCCCCGCCGGGUGUGUGCCAGGAGCCGCUCCAGCAUUCGGAAGCUGAGGAGAUGCUGGAGUUGGAUGCUCAGCACGUUGAUGUUGGCUCAGCAAGAGGCAAGUCGUCUUUCCAGAAUGAACAUUCCUACUAUUCGGAAGUGCCGCUGGAGCGCCGCGGCAGAGAGGUCGUGGAAGAAAGCGCUGUUUCCACCGAGGGAGCUGAGCUGGAUGAGCUGAGGGUUCAAUGUCCCGGCGUAUCGGCCGAGAGGGAUGAGGGAAGCGAGCCCUUGGUGGCCUCGGCUUUUCCAGACGCUUUGUAUCCCUCCUCCGAUGUCAUUGUCACCGCAGAGGACACAGAGAUGGUGACCCAAGCCCCAACGUGCGACAGCAGCGGCAACGCCUCGGAAUUCAUUCCCGCUGGCCACGACGAUUAUUCCGACACGGGGGACAGUGACAGCGAGGGGGGCAGCGAGGACAGCGACACGGAGGACUCGGAUUCCGAUGAUGGGACGCCGCCGAAGAAGCUCCAGUCGGUCGUGGUGGUUCCCAAGAACUCCACCAUAGCCAUGGAGGAGAGCAGCCCGGGCUCCUCCCGCAGCAACCGGCGCUUCUCCGACCACUGGGAUGACGAGCGGCCCGAGCCCAGCAGGACCUACUAUGAGGAGAGGUCGGAAAAUCUGGGGAGUAAAGGUGGUCCCCACGUGGAGAGCAGGUGUUCUCCCAGAGGGAUGGAGAAGAGUCCGGCAACCUCCACGGAGCUGAGCAGGAAGGAGCCGGAGGAGCUGCGGGCGGAUCCGUGCCAGGCCCAGAGCUGCCGGACGUGGUGGCCACGGGGAGGCCCACGGGCCGGCCGGAGGAGCAGCCCUUGUGUGUCCCGGAGAGCUUGGAGAGCACCGACACAUCCCGGUGCCACAUGAGCUCCUCCAAGCCUGACAGUCGGCAGGGGCAGGGCGGGCUGAACCAGUCCGGCCUCGGAGACUUCUCCAGGCUGGAUGGUUUCCGUGCCCCGGAGGAGAUGGGUGCUGCGGGCUGGGACUUCUCCCAGACAGAGAAGCCCAGCAGCACCUACCAGCAGCCAGACAGCAGCUUUGGGAUGUACUCAGGCUACGUGUACCAGCCAGGACCAGGAGCCUAUCCCAGCUCCCAGAGCUACUGGCAAGGCAACGGUUACUGGGAUGCGAGGGCAGCCAGCAGAGGCUCCGUGGUCAGCUACGAACGCGGCCAAGGGCAGGUGCCCGAUUCCCUCACGGAAGACCACGAGGAGUAUGAAGAGGAUGAGCGUUGGGAUGAGGAGUGCAAGCCCCGCUUUCCCAGCCCCUCUGGAAAAUCCCAGGUGCCCGGGCAGAAGGAGAAGGGCUCGGUGCAGGCACACGAGAUCAGCAGCAAUUCCACCAAGGAGCCGGUGCCGGGCGGGGAGAAGAAGGACGAGGUGAAAGCUUUGGAGAAAAACGACGUGAAGGAACGAGGCCCACCAAAAAAGAGGCGUCCGGAGCUGGAGAGCGACUCGGAGAGCGAUGGGGACUCUGGGGAGAAGAGGAAGGGGAAGCUGGAGGGGGAGCAGGUGGAGGCGGCGCCGCAGGAUUCCUCCAUGGUGGGCAGGUUGUGCAUCAUGGACGACUUCAGGGACCCCCAGCGCUGGAAGGAGUUUGCCAAGCAGGGGAAGAUGCCCUGUUACUUCGACCUCAUCGAGGAGAACGUCUACUUGACAGAGAGGAAGAAGAACAAAUCUCACCGGGACAUCAAGCGGAUGCUGUGCGAGUGUCCCCCGCUGUCCAAGGAGGAGCGGGCGCAGGGCGAGGUGGCCUGUGGGGAGGAUUGCCUCAAUCGCCUGCUCAUGAUCGAGUGCAACACUUUUGUCCUGGAAUACUGUGGGGAGGUGCUGGAUCACAAGGAAUUCAAGGCUCGGGUGAAGGAAUAUGCCCGGAACAAGAACAUCCACUAUUAUUUCAUGGCCCUGAAGAAUGAUGAGAUCAUCGAUGCCACCCAGAAAGGGAACUGCUCCCGCUUCAUGAACCACAGCUGUGAGCCAAACUGUGAGACCCAAAAGUGGACUGUGAAUGGGCAGCUGAGGGUUGGGUUUUUCACCACCAAGCUGGUGCCGUCGGGCUCGGAGCUGACGUUUGAUUACCAAUUCCAGAGAUACGGGUGGAUGGGGAGCUGGAGGCGCUGCUGGAGAACGGGGAGGGGCUCUCUGAUAAAAACCAGGUGCUGAGCCUGUCGCGGCUCAUGGUGCGCAUCGAAACGCUGGAGCAGAAACUCACCUGCCUCAAGCUCAUCCAGGGCCAAGCAGGGCGGCGAGGGCGACGCGGACACCCCCAAGAAGUUGGUGUUCCGCCGGCUGAAGAUCAUCAGCGAGAACAGCAUGGACAGCGCCAUCUCGGACACCACCAGCGAGCUGGAAGGGAAGGAGGGCAAGGAGGACUUGGACCAGCUGGAGGCUGCCCCAAUGGAGGUGGCAGAGGAGCAGCAGCAGCAGCAGCAGCAGCAGCAGCAGGAGAUCAAAAGUGCUGUGGAGGCGCCGGUGGAGAGCAGCAAAGCCCAGCCUGCAGAGCUGGAGGCCGAGCCCGAGGCAGAGGUCAAGGAGAGCAAUGGGGCGAAGCUGGAGGAGCCCAUGGCCAUGGAGACACCGUCGCAGGAUGAGGAGGAAGGAGUUUCUGACGUGGAGAGCGAGAGGAGCCAGGAGCAGACGGAUAAAAUCGUGGAUGUGAGCGACUUGGCCACCAGGCUGCUCGACAGCUGGAAGGAGCUCAAGCUUCUCCGGGCAGCCAGAGCUGACCAAGGGGCUCCUUUUCUCCAACUCCGUGCGGAAGAAGGGAGAGGACAUAGCGCCAAGAGCCGGGAAGAUGGUUGGGAAGCUGGCUGAUGCAUGAGCAGUGUGAUAGGUGAAAGGAGGACAGAGGUGGUUAACUCGGGGAUGCCGACGUUAUUUUGGUGCGUCCAUUGCCGGCAAUGGACGUCGCUCCGGGGAAAUCCCAGCUCCUGGCCUGAGAGGAUUUAAGUGAGCUUGAUU